CUCGCGCCUCGUCUCGCGAGAGCUGCGCCCGGAAGCGGCGCUGAGGGCGCGUCCGCCAUGGCGGCCCCGCGGGCGCGGCCGCUGCUCCCGGUGCUGCUCCCGGUGCUGCUGCUGCUGCUGGGGCUCUGCGCCGCCGAGCCCGUGCAAACCGAGACCAACGGAGACCAAACGGGCACUAGAGGGAAAUCUGGCACCGUGCCCGAGGGAGCCGCAGCGGCUGGCAGCCAGGACCACGGCAGCACGUCCCCGGGGAACGGGAACCAGCAGGACAGCGGUGACUCCAACGGCAGCGACCCCAAAACUGACACGAACAGCGCGACCAGCGUGGAUGAGAAGACGGGUACCGAGCAGCAGAACAACAGCGUCGCUGGAAACGGCAGCGACAACAAGGACAAGGAGGAGAAGGAGUCAGAGAAAAGCGGAAGCACGGCGGCUGGCCAGGACGGCAAUGGUGGAAGCAGUGGUGCAGGAGGCGCAGGACAAGGAAGUAAAAGCAAGACAAGCAGCAGUGGCCACGACAGCAGCGCUGGAGACAGUGGCAGCCCAAGCAGUGGCACUGGUGGCCAGGGCGGUGAGGGUGGCAGCCAGAACAGCAACAACGUGCAGAACGGUGUCAGCGAGAACGGCCAGGGUGGCAACCAGCCAGGGGCCACCGAGAACGGCGGCAGCAGUGGCAAGGGCGGCGAUGGCAAGGAGGGGAAUGGCACAAGUGGCAGUAACAACCAGGGCAGCACUAACCAGAACCAGGGCAGCACUAACCAGAACCAGGGCAGCACUAACCAGAACCAGGGCACCAACCAGGGCAGCACCGACCAGAACCAGGGCAGCAACAGCCAGAACCAGGAGAGCACCAACGAGAACCAGGGCAGCACCGACCAGAACCAGGGCACCAACCAGGGCAGCAACAGCCAGAACCAGGGCAGCACUAACCAGAACCAGGGCACCAACCAGGGCAGCACUAACCAGAACCAGGGCAGCACCGACCAGAACCAGGGCAGCACCAACCAGAACCAGGGCAGCAACAGCCAGAACCAGGAGAGCACCAACAAGAACCAGGGCACGAACCAGGGCAGCAACAACCAGAACCAGGGCACGAACCAGGGCAGCAACAACCAGAACCAGGGCAGCACCAACCAGAACCAGGGCAGCACCAACCAGAACCAGGGCAGCACCAACCAGAACCAGGGCACGAACCAGGGCAGCAACAACCAGAACCAGGGCAGCACCAACCAGAACCAGGGCACCAACCAGGGCAGCAACAACCAGGACAGCAAGGGCAAGGAUGGCAAGGAGAGUGACAGCACAAAUGGCAGCAACACCCCAGACAACACGGACAAGGACCAGAGCAACAAGCAGGCCCAGGACAACACCCAGAGCAGCAGUGGCAGGGACAGGAGCGAGGCCAGCCCCGGGCACACCAGCGGGGGUGGGCAGCAGGCCCAGGCUGAGAGCCAGGGCAGUGCUGCUGGCCAGCAGCCUGACCCCCAGGACAGCCCGAAGAACUCGCAGGAGGAGCAGAGCCCCGGCUCACACGCAGCUCCCUCGGACGACAGCUUUGUGGAAGACGAAGAGAACGCCGAGGAGGAUGUGGCCAAGGCUGAGGAGGGCAGUGAGAGCUCCUUGGAGCAGGACAGGGAGAAGAACGCUCCCUCCCUGCCCAGGGCCCGCUCGGAGAGCAGCCACUUCUUUGCCUACCUGGUGACCACGGCGGUCGUGGUGGCAGCCCUGUACGUGGCCUACCACAACAAGCGCAAGAUCAUUGCUUUCGCUCUGGAAGGAAAAAGGUCAAAAUCCGGUCGACGGCCCAAAUCUGGUGAUUAUCAGAGACUGGACCAAAAGAUCUAGAUUCCUCCUCAGAUGAUGGUGGGGAUUCAUUGCUGCCACAGCUGGAUUCCACGGGAAGGAGGGGAAACGCUUUUUGUUUUGCACCUGCACCUUGAUAAAACCUCUCACUUCCCUAAAUUGCUCCUUUCCCAGCUGCCUUGUUUUCCCCCUGGGUGUCUGGCUGCUGGAAGAGCCAGACCCAGGAUUUCUGUGUCCCAGUGCAAUGGAAUUUGCCAUCUGCUGGACUGACCCCUCCUUUUGGGGGGGAAUUAAGGAUCUGCUGCACAAUGAGCCAUGGGACUGUCCCUUGCCCGGGCACGAAGCUGCCUUGGCCUCCUCCUGCCCCUCCUUGUCCAUCUGCUGGGUUGGGAUGCUCAGGUUGAGAGCAAGUGAGUUUUCUUGCGCUUGUUUGGAACUGACCCAGCACGGAUUUGGACGUGGGUUUUCUCUCCCUGACCAGUUUUCCAGUUUCACACGCAGAUUCCCUUUUUCACACACACCUCUGGCCAUGCUGAAGCAGCUUUUGUAGCUCAAACCCCUCGUGUUCCAUGCAGGUCUUUUCCCUCCCAGUCUGCACAGGGGGUGUUGGUGGUGGUGUGGAGGAGGGGGUCAGGCUCAGGGAGCUCCAUGCCCUGUUGGGGUCAGGAAUUUGGAUGGGAGGAUUGUUUCCUCCCCUUGUCAGGAAGGAAGGAAUGUAAAUCCCUGAGGAGUUUGGGAUGAGGGAAGCUCCCAGUCCCUCCAGUUGUGUUUGACUGGUACUGGUCAGACCAAGGGGUUGGUGCCCCAUUACACCUGUGAGGUGGUUUUCAUUCCUGCAGUUGUACUCUGCAGAGCUUUCUAAGGGCUGGGAUGGUUCUGGAGAGGGCACAGAGUACCUGCUUGGCUCCUGCUUUGGAUUUUUCCAGAAAAAAAAAGGAUUUGAGGGACCCAGAGCUCCUUGCGUGGGCACCCAGCUGUGCCACAUCGGGUGCCAGGCCUGUGCCAGUCCUGCACUCACCGACUGCACGGGAAGAGCCCCAGGAUGGUUAAAUUCCCUCCUGGGGGGCUUUUUCCUGGCCUCCCAGGCUUGGGAGCAGUCAGCUCCUUGCCCCGUGGUCACCCUGGGCAGAGCCAUUCCCUGUCACUGUGAAAGCUCAGCUCUGCUUCUGAUUUCCUGAAGGUUCAUUCCGAGAGGGGAGGGAGGGCUUGGCCUUCUCCAAACCCUAAAGCCAUCCUUUCCCUUUUUGCUGGCUCUUGGCAAGCGUGAGAGUCCCUCCUGGCUUUAAAGAGUCCUCAGAGUUUCCUUAGGAAACAUCUAGGAUGCUAAAAGGACUUCCAGGAGUUGUUCUGGAGAGCAGGAGGGUGGAGGGAAGGGAAAUAGGGCUGGGAAUGUAACUCUGGGGGAAAAGGGUGGGAAGCUCCUGCACCAAACCACCCUGCUCCCUGUGGGAUCAGCCAGGCUGGGGGGCUGCUUUGGGCCUGGGGAGGGGGACACUGGCUUUUUGGACUCAGCAGGGAGACAAAGCCUUUUCCAGUGUGUGGAAUUCCGUGUGCUCCUGGGCUGCUCUGGUCAGGAUUUUGGAGUGUGUGUGCUUUUUGGAGUGUGAGUGAUCUACGCUUGCUUUGUCCUGGUUUGUGGGGUUUUUUUAAUGAAUAAUAAUUGAGAAAGGCUUUUUAUUUUUUCACCAUCUACUUACUUUUCUGUCCUGGGAGCUGUUUCAAGCCCUCUCUUGCUGCAGGCUGUGGGAAUCCCACCCUGCUGCCAGCAGGGGAGGGAAUAUUUUGGACCUCAAUCACCUCGAUCCCAGGCUGAGCCAAGCAUUCCUGAAGGUGAUGAGGACACACCUCUCGGGUCUGGGGAGAGGCAGCUCUCACACCAGGCUGAAUUGCAGGGUUUUCCCCCAAAUUCUCCCCACCAGCACUUCCCGAGGCUGGUGUGUUCUGCCAACAGUCUGGGCUGCCCUAGAGCUCUGGGGAUUGCUCCCAGUUCCUUGAGUUUUAUGGUGUUUAUGCAACGUGUCCCCAAGGGAUCAAGGUGCACCUUUUCCCUUUGGACACGUGUUUUCCAUGGAUGGUGUCUGUUGGUACAGAGGGUUUUUUGCCAAAUAUUCCUACUUUUUAGGCUUGAAUCAGCACAUGAUUUGUUUUCUGCGGCAGUGAAAUGCACUUUGCUUGGAAGGAUCAGAAUUUUUUACAGUUCUUUGUACUGGUUUUUUAUUUUCUGUGUGGUGAAAUCAGUAAAUGGAAUAAAAAAGACCCAAAAGGUCGAGUUUUCACUUCUC